UUUGUUGCCGGAGUGACAUCGUUGGUGUCCAAUGAAUGAGCCGUGUAGGGUAGGGCGCUGUGUGAGGAGGCGCGGGAUGUCGGCCGUUCGGAGGCUCGGGUUGAUCAGGAGAGAGUAGGAGAAAUCGGGAAGGAGAGCGAGCGAGGCCCGGGUGUUAAUAACAGGCCGCUGGGGCUACCGAGCGGCUGAGACAGGGACAGCGGACGAUAGGAACCGAUUACUAGCCUGUCUUCAUAUAAAAUCUGCACAUUUGGGAAAACCCUUCCAGUGACUUCAUGUUUGUUUUCUUGGACUUUAUCCUCCUGGAAGUGUUUCAUGUUCUUUGCCUAGACCAAGUGUUCUGGACUAUUCAACCUGGUUUCCGCUUCUAGAGGAAUCAUCUUGGGCCUGACAUGAGCUCCCAGUCUCAUCCAGAUGGAAUUUCUGGUCGGGACCAACCAGUUGAACUUCUGACGCAGAGUCGUGCCAAACAUAUGCCAAGCACUGUUGAUGUGAGUGCUGCCGUGCCACUUCAAGUGGCUCCCAGCACUCUCCCCAUGGACCUGAGGCUUGACCCCCAGUAUUCGAUCACAGGGCCGGACUCCAGUGCUAGGGAGCAACAGCUGCAGCAGGAGCUAAUAUCUUUGAAACAGAAACAACAGAUCCAGAGGCAGCUCCUUAUAGCGGAGUUUCAAAGGCAACAUGAACAACUCUCACGACAACACGAAGCCCAGCUUCAUGAGCAUGUGAAGCAACAACAGGAGCUCCUGGCUAUGAAGCAUCAGCAAGAGCUUCUUGAACAUCAGAGGAAGCUGGAGCAGCAUCGCCAAGAGCAGGAGAUGGAGAAACAGCAACGAGAGCAGAAGUUGAUUCAGUUGAAGAACAAAGAAAAAGGAAAAGAAAGCGCGGUGGCGAGCACUGAAGUCAAAAUGAAGUUGCAAGAAUUUGUGUUGAAUAAAAAGAAAGCUCUUGCCCAUCGGAGUCUGAAUCACUGCAUGUCCAGUGACCCUCGUUUCUGGAAGACCCAACACAGCUCCCUGGAUCAGAGUCCACCCCCUCAGGGAGGAGUAUCCGCCUCGUACCACCAUCCAGUCUUGGGAAUGUACGACUCCAAAGAUGACUUCCCACUAAGAAAAACAGCAUCUGAGCCAAACCUUAAACUGCGCUCUCGACUGAAGCAGAAGGUGGCAGAGCGGAGAAGCAGCCCUCUGCUGCGCAGGAAAGACGGCCCAGGCGUUGGAAGCCUGAAAAAGCGCCCCCUAGAUGUGUCGGACUCUGCGUGUAACAGUGCUCCUGGCUCUGGACCUAGUUCUCCUAACAACAGCUCCAGCAACAUCAAUACUGAAAAUGGCAUCACUGGGUCUUUGGGCAUCCAGGCAGAGGCAGCGCUGGCUCAUAGACUGGUGACCAGGGAUGGCUCAGUUACCCAGCUCCCACUGUACACCUCGCCUUCUUUACCUAACAUCACGUUGGGACUACCUGCCACUGGUACUUCAAAUGGUGGAUCGGCACAGGAUAAUGAACGUCUCUCUUUGCCAGCACUUCAGCAACGUCUUUCUCUGUUUCCUGCUGCUCAUCUCACUACUUACCUUGGGUCAGAAGCUGCAAGUUCCCAUAAUCCUCUCCUUAAACAUAUGGUCUUACUAGAACAGCCCAAUGCACAGAGCCCUUUGGUGUCAGGUUUGGGGGGUCUCCCGCUUCACUCUCAGUCGCUGGUGUCUCCUGAUCGCGUCUCCCCCACCAUGCACAAAUUGCGUCAGCACCGCCCGUUGGGUCGGACUCAGUCGGCUCCUCUCCCGCAGAACUCCCAUGCUUUGCAGCACCUGGUCAUUCAACAGCAGCACCAGCAAUUCCUAGAGAAGCACAAACAACAAUUCCAGCAGCAACAGCUGCACCUCAACAAAAUGAUUCCUAAAGUAAAUGAGGCUCCACGGCAGCAUGAGAGCCACCCUGAGGAGACUGAAGAGGAGCUUCGCGAGCACCAAGGGCUUCAUGAAGAGCCGUACACAGAGCGUUUGGCUGAUCCAGACCGGGUGGUGCAUGUGAAGCAGGAGAGAGAGGAGAGUGAGGAUGAAGAUAGCACACAGGAGUUUGAGCAAAACAAACUGCAGGCUGAACAAGACCUGCUGUUCCGACAGCAAACUUUGUUACUGGAACAGCAACGGAUUAAUCAGCUGAGGAACUACCAGGCCUCCAUGGAGGCUGCUGGCUUAGUGGUCCAAUUCAGUGGGCAUAGACCUCUGUCAAGGGCGCAGUCUUCACCGGCUUCUGCUUCCUUCCCUAUGUCUGUUCAGGAGGCACCCAGCAAGCCCAGAUUUACCACAGGCCUUGUGUAUGAUACAUUGAUGCAGAAGCACCAGUGUAUAUGUGGUAACACAAACAGUCACCCUGAACAUGCCGGAAGAAUUCAAAGCAUUUGGUCAAGGCUGCAAGAGACUGGCCUACGUAGUAUGUGUGAGUGUAUCAGAGGAAGGAAAGCUACCCUUGAGGAAUUGCAGAGUGUUCACUCAGAGGCUCACGCAUUGCUAUACGGUACCAACCCCCUGAACCGUCAGAAACUAGAGGGUUCUUUGACCUCCAUGUUCGUGCGUCUCCCAUGUGGUGGUGUUGGGGUUGACAGUGAUACUAUCUGGAAUGAAGUCCACUCCUCUGGGGCGGCGCGGCUGGCUGUUGGCUGUGUUGUAGAACUUUCGUCCAAGGUGGUGUCUGGGGAACUGAAGAACGGUUUUGCUGUGGUCCGUCCUCCUGGUCAUCAUGCAGAGGAGAGUACACCUAUGGGAUUCUGUUACUUCAACUCAGUUGCAAUAGCAGCCAAGAUCCUUCAGCAGAGAUUCCGGGUGGAGAAAACUCUGAUUUUGGACUGGGAUGUGCACCACGGAAACGGUACCCAGCAGGCCUUUUAUUCUGAUCCCAGUGUCCUCUACAUAUCAGUCCACCGCUACGACGAUGGCAAUUUCUUUCCAGGCAGCGGGGCUCCAGAUGAGGUUGGCACCGGAGCUGGUGUGGGUUUUAAUGUGAACGUUGCCUUUACUGGUGGCCUAGACCCUCCGAUGGGAGAUGCUGAGUACUUGGCAGCUUUCAGGACAGUGGUGAUGCCCAUAGCCCAGGAGUUCUGCCCAGAGGUAGUUCUGGUGUCUGCUGGAUUUGAUGCAGUGGAAGGACACCCAGCUCCACUUGGAGGUUACAGAGUAUCAGCCAAGUGUUUUGGGUAUCUAACAAAGCAACUCAUGAGUUUGGCAGGAGGCCGUGUCAUUUUGGCCCUGGAGGGUGGUCAUGACCUUACAGCCAUAUGUGAUGCUUCUGAAGCCUGUGUGUCUGCUUUGCUGGGGAAUGAGUUGGAGCCGCUUCCCGAGGCAGUGCUGCAGCAAAGACCCAACAGCAAUGCUGUAAGCUCCCUGGAGAAGGUCAUCCAGAUCCACAGUGAGUACUGGUCCUGUUUCCACCUCAUUUCCUCAUCCGUUUCCUAUUCACUUCUUGAGGCACAGAAGUCUGAGAGCGAAGAGGCAGAGACAGUGACUGCAAUGGCAUCCCUUUCUGUAGGAGUCGGUCAGGAGAGGAGGACUGAAGAUGAGCCAAUGGAUGAAGAACCCCCUCUGUAGCAAAAGGGCUGAUGUGUAAUUCUUUAUCAUUACUGGGGCAGCUCCCUCAGAUUUCUCCGCCUGUGCUCUGUCCCCAUGAAGACGAGCAGCGAUAUGGAUGUAAAGAAUCCUGUGUAUAUCACAUCCACAGAACCACAAACCAAGGUGCACUGUGCGCCGUACGGCUGUAACAUGCCACCCUUCUCAAGGGGGCUCUGCUCCUUCAGGAGCAUCUGGCAGCUCUUGCCAAAAAUUUUAUUUGCUUUCAUGUUUUUAACAAAUAUUAUUCAAAGAAAAACAAAGUAAAAAAUGAUGACCUCUGGGGUCUCACAACAACUUGGUGCUUUAACGAUCUGCAGAUUCACAAAGACUGUGUGCGCACUGGAGAGAGCACAGGGUUACCACACUGUACGGACACUGUUUAAACCACUCAGUUUAGUCCACAUCUUGGACAUUUCUCCUCGGUGGAUACAGUUAUCAAGUAGAACCUGUUGGGUGAAAACAGUGAAGGUCCUAAUCUGGAGAGGAGGAGUAUAAAGGAUUGUGCCUUGUCCAUGAUUGGAACAAGUUUUUUUUCCAUUUUGAUGGUUUGUUCCUUUUAUUUUUGUGAAGGUUGGGAGGACUUGCCUUAAAUUCUAAACACCACAGCCAAGAGGAGUUGUGGGAAGCCACAACGCACAAAUCUUGUCCUCUUAUAGACAGAAUUCUUCGUGGCAUUUUUGUAACAAGCGGCAAUCUCCUUUAAUGUUUUCCUUUUAUUUCUCUAAACUAGUUUGCAAGUCGUAUACUUACGAUGAUCUCCACCACUCAUCUUCUGUAUGUAUUAAGAAUAUAUGUUCCUACUACCAGUGAUUUGUGGAUACCUUUCUACAUGGGUGGAGAUAAGGUUGCAGCCUCUCGCUGCGCAGGGAGCAUAUACUGGUCUGCGCAAUUCAUUUUAAGGGGCUUGUUAUUUUGUUUCUUAAUUUUUUUUUUGUAGGUUUUUAAUGAGCUAGCUCAUCACAGGCAAAUAGAACAUUUCCAGUUCCCAUUUCAUUUUUUUAAUGAUUUUUCAUUCAAAGCUUUAUAUGUAUAUUUUUUGUAAGAAAAGUGUUCUUGUGGUAACUUUCAGAUUUUCCAGUUUUUUUGUAUCGAAACUUUUUUUUUUGUAUUGAGUUUCCCUUCAGGGGAUGUUUUCAUUUUUUAGGUUCAUAUUUUUCCUUCUCUGAUCUUCCCUUACAUAUUCCCUGUAUGUAUCCAAGAUACUGGGACAACGGCAGUGGACAUUUCCUUUAUGCAUCUGGCCUGUUGAAAGGGGGACAGUGGACUUUGAUUAGUUUGCUCAUCUGGAUUUCAGUUUCAAGCCGGGUCCCUUUAACUCACCUCAUGUGACACAAGAUCAGAGAGGCAUUGAUAAAAAGUUUGAUUUUUUUAUGAGACCAAUCAUGUACUGUAUGUGAGCCUUGCUCCUGGUAUUGCAUGGAGGGAGCAUGGUGCGCUCGGUAUUGGAUAUAACCUCAAUAUAGCACUUAUUAUCCAUGCUGAGGUCUGAGUUGUAGCUGAUUGACAGCAGCAUGUAACUCACACCCACUGCUAGACAGCAGAUUCCUGAGACUAACCUGCUCACUGUUACUGGGAAUAGUCUGUUUAACCUGUUCCCUUCCAGUCUGUUCCCCACACCCGGUGGAAUUAACUCUGGUGAGAAUAUCUUAGGAGUUGCUCUGCAGCCUGCACCUUGACAUUGGCUGUUUCUUGUCCUGGCAGCACAUUGGUAUGCCGAGGAAUUAUAACCACGUUAGGGUUGGGAGAGGGGCCAUUAACAGUCCCUCUGUGUUUUGGGACCUUCACAUUGUGCCCUUACUCUGUGUAUUUAUUAUAUAUUUUCUGACCGUUUUUGCAUCUACACUACAGCCUAAGACUGCGCACAGCACCACACUGGGCCAUACAGCGGUUUUCUUUCCCAGGUCAAUUUAUCAUACGCUCUCGGUCCUGGACUUUGGUUGGCCGAGGUCUGAUCUCUCGGUACUAAUUCAGUUUGGGGUCUGUGGCUCGGUCCUCCGUAACUCUGCAUGUUUUUGAUACUCUUGUGGUGCAUAGUCUGUAUCUGCUCUGUUAGGUGUGUACAGAAACAUUAAUGUACGACACUUUCAGUACGCAACAUAAUUGAUAUGCCUGUUGCACCCCCAAAAAACCAAAAACAAUAAAAUGCCGUUCAUUCACAUCAUGUUUGUUUAUACUGUGAUAUAUAAUUACACGGGCAUUCAUCUUUUUGGUCUACUUUGUUUUGGUUUCAAAACAAUUUAGCAACGUAUUUACAAAUUAGUUAAAAAUCUGCCUGUACAUGUAUUCUAAAUGUACCUUUCAGAGCAUGAUCGGUUAGAAAACACAAUUCUGUGGGUUUUGUGUGAUGCCCAUCAUAUGCAGGAUGCGUAGUUUCCUAGUGCACGGCUUGUGAGUUGCUGGACGGGCUACAUAUCUGUGGUGUAUGUGUUUUGAUUUGUCUUUUUCCUCCAGUUGGCCUCCAUUCAGGUGGGAUGUCUCCUGUCACCAAACACUACCCUUCCCUCACUACAAACCCCAUUCCGUGUGUUCUUUAAUUCCUGCACGCUUCACCUUUCUACUCAUUCCAUGUUUUAGACAUGAUUUUGUGUGCAAGGAAGAGGCAACACUCCUAUUUCCGGGCAUUGAAUUCCCUAUAAAUAAGAGUAUAUAUAUAGUAUAUAUAUAUAUAUAUAAAGAUAACUAUAUAUAGAAAUAUAUAUAUGAAUUUAUUUUUCUAGUUUUUACUAUAUACAUUGGAGGCUGCAUGAUUCAAGCACAGAUCGAUCCUGUAUCGUGUACCUGGUUAGGAUUCUGUGCCAGGCCAGGGGGCUCAGUUCACUUUUUGUUGGCCAGACUGAGUAUUAUUCUGUGCUGGGGUGCAUUCCCUCUGUGUGUAUGUUAAAAAAAAAAUAUAUAUAUAUAUAUUUCAUUAAGUUUGUUUAAUUAGUUGAUUUUUUGCAGAAAAAUGUGCCUGCCAAGGAUGAAGAAGGGGUGUAUCCAGGUGCACAAAAGAAAGUAAUGAAUAUGUCUGAAUGUGUUGAGAUUUAUAUUUUUGAUUCCUAAUUUGUCAAACACUAUAUUUUAGGGCUGCAGCCCUGUGGCAAACACUGUGUACUUUAUGUAUGAAUGCCUGUUAGACGUGUUUUACACCCCUUUGUUCAUCUCGCCCUCUCUGCUAUUUCACUGGCCUAACACAGACUGUACUGAUCCCCCACGUUAACGGGUCAGACAUCAUGCAUUAACUCUCAGAUUUUAGACGUUCGAUAUAGGUCAUUCAGGCAGAAUAAAGUGUAUAGUUUUUGAUGUUUAUUUUGAAACCCUGCUAAGUGGGGCAAACAUGUUUUGGGAGUAGUGUUUCUGACACCAAAGGGAGCCCGGUGCUGAGGUUACCCAUGUGUGUUGUGUACCUGUAGUAUGAACAGGGAGAGACACCUCCUAUAGCUGUCACAGCAGGUGUGCAUGAAUGAAAUGGUACAGUGUUUGUUUUUCUUUUUGUUAUAAUGCAUUUAAUCAUUCCCGUCAUUCUAGUGUGUAUAAACUCACAGGCGUUGUGACCGGACUGGAUCUCUUUAAGACACUGUACACAUUGCCUGCUUGUAUCAUCUCCCGAUGCUCAUUGGUAGUGGGGUGCUGUCUGUGUCUAUCUAUGAUUGUAUGUUUACUUAAGAGAGAAUUCUCUCAUCGCAGGCAGGGGAGCGUCUUUGCCUGUUUCCAUAAGUGUGGACAUUCUCACCCACGCUGCCAGUGCACUGUGUUUAAAUAAAAAGACAUAAAAAAUAUGAACUUAACAGCAAAAAAGGCCCUCCAGCAACAGUCAUUUUGUGUGUUUGGCCCUAAAGUACAGGGUCAACUUUUUCAUACCGAUUAGAAAAAGGGAUUACACACAUCUGUCUGGGGUGUGGCUUUCCAUAUUCGGAAGAUGAGACGUGUAUGUACAUGUAUAUAUACAUUAUAAAUAUAUAUAUAAUUAAGAAUUUAAACGUAAAGAAUUUGAUGCAAUUUUCGCCUGAUCUCACUGAAGAUUUGCGGUGAUUAUUUUAUAACAACGAAUCCUGAACACUUUGCAUUCACCUGCUGUUUGUUGGGAACUUUUUUUUGUAGGUUUUUUUUAUUUUAUUUUAUUAUUUUUUUUGACCCAUUGUUACAAAAAUGUGGCAUGGUAUUCUUUUCUGUUCUUCUGCAGGAGGUGGGUGCAUUUUUUGUUUUAUUUUCAUAUUUGCAAGGUUUUUUUAAAUCUGUGUUUUUCCACUCACUGUUUGUUCCUUUUUUUCUGUGACAAGAACGACUGAUUUGAACUUUCUUAGCAGUGCAGUAUUUUGUACCACAUGAUGGCAGUGUGUUACUCUUGUGAUGUAAAUAAACUGAAACGUUACCUAC